ACAUUUAUUUCUGACUCAAAAAUGAAAACAAAGCGAUUUUCUACAACAAAAACGAAGUCAGCUGCUUGUAAUUUACGAAUUGCUACCAAAAUAAAAGCGUAAAUUCUAUUCAAUUAACAAAAAUCCCAUCCCAAGUUUGUGAUUAAUCUAAUCAGUAUGUUAGAAUCGGUUAGAUACGAAUGCAGUCAACAACAAUUGAUGCGUACAAGCAACGAUAGCCAACAUCAGUCGCCAACUCCUAUGGACGAACCAAGUGGAACAGCACAGAUUCUUUGUACACAUGACGGAGUUCUACUAAAACAGGCCAGCGCCGAAUACAUUGCUGACCUCAAUACCAGCGGGUCACUGAGUGUCGCCGAGUAUUCACCGAGCAAGCGAAAGUACAUCGAAUGGCAUCCAAACGAGAAUAUCUUGAUUGCCGAUGACACCCAAGAUCAAGGCGAUUGGGCCUUGGUCGACACCAUAUCGCGCCGAACCCGCACCACGUCCGAAUGUCGUGUCUUCAAUACAAAGCCCGAAAACCUGCCCAAGGCCCGAUGCAUUCGUUGCAAUUUGGAAGAACUACGUUCCAUCGAAGUAAAGAACCGCGGACAGACUAUUCGGUUGUUGAAAAAGGAGUCGGGUGCCCUUCACAGUGAAUACUUCUUUCAACACGGCAAUGCCGAUAUGUUCGUGCGUUCAAUGCGGCAGCUCCACAUCUUGGAUGUGUCGAAUACAAAUCGCGAUGAGUUCGUGGUUCUUAGCGUCGAAACACAAAAGCUAAAGAAGACUUUCGCUGAAUUGGAUAUCGGCGAGAUUAAGGCGAGUUCGAUGGCGUCCGAAAGUUGGCUACCCAAUCGAUUGGUUGGGUUUCUGGUGAAUUUCCCAGACUACGUUCCACCACCGUUUCAUAGACCACAGCCAAGAUCCAGACCAGUUGUAAACGAAGACUAUCAGGUUCUGAAUAGUGAUCAAAGCAACGAAGUGACUCCUGAGACCGAGACCCCUAAAGACGAUGAAUCCAGCAAAGAAGAAGUUGUGGAAAAUAAAUUGCCCAAACGUGAAAUUGUUGAAAGAGGUUCCCCACUUAGCGAAAAUCAGUGGUUGGAAUUUCAAACUCCAGACGGCAGAAUUUCCGACCCAACACGCAUCAAAGAGAUCAUAUUUCGUGGGGGUGUGGAUAAUCGACUUCGCAGCGAAGUAUGGAAAUAUCUGCUCAAUUACUAUCACUGGGACGAUACCGAUGUGGAGCGUGCUAAGCGUCGCAAAGAAAAGUCCAUGGAGUACUACAGCAUGAAAGCUCAAUGGCUUUCGAUGACACCGAUGCAGGAGCACAAUUUCUCCGGCUACCGCGAGCGAAAGUGUCAAAUCGAAAAAGAUGUCAAACGCACAGAUCGAACUCUGGAAUACUUUGCCGGGGAAGAUAACCCCAAUCUGAUGGUUUUGCAGGGUAUUCUCAUGACCUACGUGAUGUACAACUUUGAUCUGGGCUAUGUGCAGGGCAUGAGUGAUCUCCUGGCUCCGAUAUUGGCAUCACAGGAGAAUGAAGUUGAUGCGUUUUGGUGCUUUGUGGGAUUCAUGGAUAUGGUGUUUGCUAAUUUCGACAUAGAUCAAGCGGGCAUGAAAACCCAGUUCAAUCAGUUGAAGCGUCUGCUAGAGUUUGCCAACCGUCCUCUGUUUCAAUACAUGAAGACUCACGAUUCGGAUAAUAUGUACUUCUGCUUCCGUUGGUUGUUGGUGUGGUUUAAGCGAGAGUUUUCAACGGACGAUGUUAUGAAAUUGUGGGAAUGCCUAUGGACGCGGUUGCCGUGUCCUAACUAUCAACUUCUGAUAAGUGUUGCAAUUCUAGACCAACAAACCGACAUCAUCAUCGGAAACCAAUACGAAUUCAACGAGAUCCUGAAGCAUGUAAACGAACUGUCGGGAAAAAUUGAUCUAAAAGCCACACUGGAGCUUGCAGAGGCGAUCUACAAACAGAUCAAGGCUGCAGAGUCCCUAACGAAUGACAUACGAGUUAUAAUUGGUGAACAUCCAACCGAGCCGUUUGGAAGUCAAGAGUUCCCACAAGACUUUGAUGACGGCUUUGAUGAGCUAGUUCGUGAAUUAACGCCCGAAGAGAAGGAAAAACAACAAGCAAUGCUAGAAGAGGCCUGCGAACAGUCGAUGUUCUUACAAUUCUUGUAAAUUCGCAACACAGUGAGGCAAUAUAGGAGGGCUUAGUUAACGAGGCCAUUAAGCCAAAGUUUUAAGUUGAUUUCAAUAUUUUUUUCAAAAUUAUUUUGUAGAUAGCAGAGGUAUGAAAACUAUAAUUAGAUAGAUAGAGAUUUAUUAUGAUGAAAAGUCUCAAUUCGCGAUAUUGUGAUGGCGUAAAAAAUAAAAGCCUGCAAAUACUUUUUAAGUAAAAUUUUUAAAUGGAUCCUGUUUUGGUCUCUCAAAAUAAUUGUAAUCAUCCCGCUACACUUCUGCACUUUAUUAUACUUUACAUAAAUACUAUAUUUUAAUGGACUUUAAUUUUAUUUUUGUUUUGGUUAUUAUAUAAAUUAUUUUGAAAACAAAAAUCUUAUACACAAUAAAUACUUUUUGCAUUAUGCAUAUAGCUGCAAAUAAUAAAGAAGAACAUUUUAUAGUUAAA